GCUAGAGUCACUGUUGGACGUCAGUCGCAGUUGGUGGGUGGUGUCGUCCGGCUCGACGGCUGUGCAGGCUGUGUGGUGUGGGCAUACAAACGGACACUGACCGGACCGGACCAAACAGGACCAACUCUAGGCAGCGCCGGCAGCUCGGAUUCUUGGACAUCCGAGCUGGAUCGAGUCCCGGAUUCUUCCCAACACAUCAACACCAGCAAUCAGCGUUCCGGGGGACUAACAAUCGCCGACGCCCGACGUUCUGCCUGAGCCGACCGGCUCUCCAGCAGCACCACCACCUCCCCCCUCAUCCCACCUCCUCAUUCCUCACCCUCCCCUGCCCCCCCAGGGAACCACCACCAUCAGAUUCACUUUCAACGCGGAUCUCCACGCUGAGGAGCAUGCCACCGUCGGUGGCUACGGCGGGCCGUAAGGCAGGCGGCGGCGGCGCCAGGAACAAGGCGGCGACGGCGGCAGUGGCAGGAGGUGAGCAAGGGGCAGCAGUGACCCGCAGCAGUCGACGCCAGCAGCAACAGCAGCAGCAGCUGGACGUCGACGACGACGAGACAAACGCCGGCUUCGGCAAAUACCUCCGUUCGCAAGAAGGUAUCGAAAUGAUGAAGCUGUUCGUGAUCGCCAACACGCUGGUGGUGUUCAUGACGAUGGCCUGGCCGCAGAUGCAGCAGUCCUACCAAAUGCUGCGCUCCAUCUUUUACGGUGAAGCCGACGGUGAAGACACCACCUACCCGUAGGCCUCCCUCC